GAAGCCGUGGGUGCAGAUUAUGAGAUCCUGAGUGUCACAGCAACAGAUGCUGAUGAUCCCGAGACAAGUAAUGCAGCCUUAAGAUACAGCAUUAUAAGUCAAGAUCCACUGGCACCAGUUCCAGACAUGUUUGCUAUUAAUCCUACUACUGGGCAGAUCCGACUGAAUGAAGCUCAGCUUGAUAAGAAGAAAUACCCUCAGUAUACACUGACGGUUGAAGUUGCUGAUAUGAUGGGAGAUGGUUACAUAGUUACCUGUACAGCCAUAAUCACUGUAACGGGCAGCAAUGACAACGCUCCUCAGUUUCCUUGGUCCUCUUACUCGGUGUCUGUUCCUGAGCAUAGAAAGGAUGUGGAAGUGGUGCGAAUGUUUGUCUACGACAACGAUCAGCCAAUGACUCCUAGUUGGCUCCCCAAGUUCGAGAUAGUCCAAGGGAACGAUGAAGGCUAUUUCAAUGUCAGCACUGGACCCUGCUAUGUGGAUGGCAUUAUUAAAACUGUGAAGCCUUGACUGAGGUCCUGAGAUAGAGGAUCGAGGAUCUAGGUGCAC